AUGGUGAUGGUGAUGGUGGGCGAAGGCGUGGGGUUUCAGGACCUACCGGAAGGCUGCAUAGCGAACGUUGUGUCGUUGACGAUUCCUCGGGACGCGUGCAGCCUUGCGCUGGUGUCGUCUACAUUCCGAUCCGCCGCUGAAUCAGAUUCCGUUUGGGAUCGCUUCCUUCCCUCCGAUUACAACGACAUUGUUUCACAGUCCACCUCCUUCUCUUGCCGUUCCAAGAAGCAGCUCUAUCUCUCUCUUUGCGAAAAUCCGAUACUCGUUGAUGAUGGCAAAAAGAGCUUUCAACUGGAUAAAGCUUAUGGGAAGAAAUGCUACAUGCUAUCUCCAAGGAUGCUCUCUAUAGUGUAA